UCAGGCCCGGCAGCAGGGAGCCGAGUGGAAGCUAAUUUUACUUGCUGGGAGCCAGGAGAGUAAUCCUCCUGCCCCCAUUCCUGCCCCCGCCCCCCUGGCUGGCUCAGCAGGGCAGGCUGAGCCGACAGCCUCAGCCAGCCCAGUCCCCAAGGCGGGGGCAUUGGGGACGCAGGGAAGAGAAGGCACUGGGGUGAGGGAGCAGGAGAAAGCCAGGUUACCAGGGGAGCCAUGGAGCCGUCCUCACCCCAGGAUGAAGGCCUGAGAAAGAAACAGCCCAAGAAGCCAGCUCCUGAGAUUCUGCCAAGGCCACCCCGGGCCUUGUUCUGCCUGACCCUGCAGAACCCCCUGAGGAAGGCCUGCAUCAGCAUCGUGGAAUGGAAGCCCUUCGAGACGAUCAUCUUGCUCACCAUCUUUGCCAACUGUGUGGCCCUGGCCGUAUACCUGCCCAUGCCCGAAGAUGAUAACAACUCUCUGAACCUCGGCCUGGAGAAGCUGGAGUAUUUCUUCCUCAUCGUCUUCUCAAUUGAAGCCGCCAUGAAGAUCAUCGCCUAUGGGUUCUUGUUCCACCAGGACGCUUACCUACGCAGUGGCUGGAAUGUGCUGGACUUCACCAUUGUCUUCCUGGGGGUCUUCACCGUGAUUCUGGAACAGGUUAACGUCAUCCAGAGCAACACGGCCCCAAUGAGCAGCAAAGGAGCCGGCUUGGAUGUCAAGGCUCUCAGAGCCUUCCGAGUGCUCAGACCUCUCCGACUGGUGUCGGGGGUGCCCAGCCUGCAGGUGGUCCUGAACUCCAUCUUCAAGGCCAUGCUCCCCCUGUUCCACAUUGCCCUGCUGGUCCUCUUUAUGGUCAUCAUCUAUGCCAUCAUCGGGCUGGAGCUCUUCAAAGGCAAGAUGCACAAAACCUGCUACUUCACUGGCACAGAUAUCAUGGCCACGGUGGAGAAUGAGGAGCCAUCACCCUGCGCCAGGACGGGCUCAGGGCGCCGGUGCACCAUCAACGGCAGUGAGUGCCGAGGCGGCUGGCCAGGGCCCAACCACGGCAUCACCCACUUCGACAACUUCGGCUUCUCCAUGCUCACCGUGUACCAGUGCAUCACCAUGGAGGGAUGGACUGACGUCCUUUACUGGGUCAAUGAUGCCAUCGGCAAUGAGUGGCCCUGGAUCUAUUUUGUCACCCUCAUUCUGCUGGGAUCCUUCUUCAUCCUCAACCUGGUGCUGGGCGUCCUGAGUGGGGAAUUCACCAAGGAGCGGGAGAAGGCCAAGUCCAGGGGAACCUUCCAGAAGCUCCGGGAGAAGCAGCAGCUGGAUGAGGACCUUCGGGGCUACAUGAGCUGGAUCACGCAGGGCGAGGUCAUGGACGUUGAGGACUUCAGAGAAGGAAAGCUGUCUUUGGAUGAAGGUGGCUCUGACACGGAGAGCCUAUAUGAAAUUGCGGGCUUGAACAAAGUCAUCCAGUUCAUCCGGCACUGGAGGCAGUGGAACCGCAUCUUUCGCUGGAAGUGCCACGACAUUGUGAAGUCCAAGAUCUUCUACUGGCUGGUGAUUCUUGUCGUUGCCCUCAACACCCUGUCUAUCGCCUCAGAGCACCACAACCAGCCUCUCUGGCUGACCCACUUGCAAGACAUCGCCAACCGGGUGCUGCUCUCCCUCUUCACCAUCGAGAUGCUGAUGAAGAUGUACGGGCUGGGCCUGCGCCAGUACUUCAUGUCCAUCUUCAACCGCUUCGACUGCUUCGUGGUGUGCAGCGGCAUCCUGGAGGUCCUGCUGGUGGAGGCGGGCGCCAUGACGCCCCUAGGCAUCUCCGUGCUUCGCUGCAUCCGCCUCCUGAGGAUCUUCAAGAUCACCAAGUACUGGACGUCGCUGAGCAACCUGGUGGCGUCCCUGCUGAACUCCAUCCGCUCCAUCGCCUCGCUGCUGCUGCUGCUCUUCCUCUUCAUCGUCAUCUUCGCCCUCCUGGGCAUGCAGCUCUUUGGGGGCAGGUAUGACUUUGAGGACACAGAAGUGCGGCGCAGCAACUUCGACAACUUUCCCCAGGCCCUCAUCAGCGUCUUCCAGGUCCUGACAGGUGAGGACUGGACCUCGAUGAUGUAUAACGGGAUCAUGGCCUACGGCGGGCCGGCCUACCCCGGCGUGCUUGUGUGCAUUUACUUUAUCAUCCUUUUCGUCUGUGGCAACUACAUCCUGCUCAAUGUCUUCCUGGCCAUUGCUGUGGACAACCUGGCCGAGGCGGAGAGCCUGACUUCCGCCCAGAAGGCCAAGGCUGAGGAGAGAAAACGCAGGAAGAUGUCCAAGGGUCUCCCAGACAAGUCAGAGGAGGAGAGGUCCACGAUGACCAAGAAGCUGGAGCAGAAACCCAAGGGUGAGGGCAUCCCCACCACUGCCAAGCUGAAAAUCGAUGAGUUUGAAUCUAACGUCAACGAGGUGAAGGAUCCCUACCCAUCAGCCGACUUCCCAGGGGACGACGAGGAAGAUGAGCCCGAGAUCCCGCUGAGCCCCCGACCACGCCCCCUGGCUGAGCUGCAGCUGAAAGAGAAGGCUGUGCCCAUUCCAGAAGCCAGCUCCUUCUUCAUCUUCAGCCCUACCAAUAAGAUCCGCAUCCUGUGCCACCGCAUCGUCAAUGCCACCUGGUUCACCAACUUCAUCCUGCUGUUCAUCAUGCUCAGCAGCGCUGCACUGGCUGCGGAAGACCCCAUCCGGGCCGAGUCCACGAGGAAUCAGAUCCUCAAGCACUUUGAUGUUGGGUUCACCUCUGUCUUCACCGUGGAGAUUGUCCUCAAGAUGACCACCUACGGGGCCUUCCUGCACAAGGGCUCCUUCUGCCGCAAUUACUUCAACAUCCUGGACCUGCUGGUGGUGGCGGUGUCCCUCAUCUCCAUGGGACUCGAGUCCAGCGCCAUCUCCGUGGUGAAGAUCCUCAGGGUGCUGAGGGUGCUCCGACCACUGAGAGCCAUCAACAGAGCCAAGGGGUUGAAGCACGUGGUGCAGUGCAUGUUCGUGGCCAUCAGCACCAUCGGGAACAUCGUGCUGGUCACCACCCUCCUGCAGUUCAUGUUUGCCUGCAUCGGCGUCCAGCUCUUCAAGGGGAAGUUCUUCAGGUGUACUGACUUGUCCAAGAUGACAGAGGAGGAGUGCAGGGGCUACUACUAUGUGUACAAGGACGGGGACCCCACGCAGAUAGAGCUGCGCCGUCGCGAGUGGGUACACAGCGACUUCCACUUCGACAAUGUCCUCUCAGCCAUGAUGUCCCUCUUCACGGUCUCCACCUUCGAGGGCUGGCCUCAGCUGCUGUACAAGGCCAUAGACUCCAAUGGGGAGGAUGUGGGUCCCAUCUACAACAACCGUGUGGAGAUGGCCGUCUUCUUCAUCAUCUACAUCAUCCUCAUUGCCUUCUUCAUGAUGAACAUCUUCGUGGGCUUUGUCAUUGUCACCUUCCAGGAGCAGGGGGAGACCGAGUACAAGAACUGUGAGCUGGACAAGAACCAGCGCCAAUGUGUACAGUAUGCCCUGAAGGCCCGCCCACUGAGGUGCUACAUUCCCAAAAACCCAUACCAGUACCAGGUGUGGUACAUUGUCACCUCCUCCUACUUUGAAUACCUAAUGUUUGCCCUCAUCAUGCUCAACACCAUCUGCCUGGGUAUGCAGCACUACAACCAGUCAGAGCAGAUGAACCAAAUCUCAGACAUUCUCAACGUGGCCUUCACCAUCAUCUUCACCCUGGAGAUGAUCCUCAAGCUCAUGGCCUUCAAGGCCAGGGGCUACUUUGGAGACCCCUGGAACGUGUUUGACUUCCUGAUUGUCAUUGGCAGCAUCAUCGAUGUCAUCCUCAGCGAGAUUGACACUUUCCUGGCCUCCAGCGGGGGACUGUAUUGCCUGGGUGGAGGCUGCGGGAACGUUGACCCAGACGAGAGUGCCCGCAUCUCCAGUGCCUUCUUCCGUCUGUUCCGAGUCAUGAGGCUGAUCAAGCUGCUGAGCCGGGCAGAGGGAGUGCGCACCCUCCUGUGGACGUUCAUCAAGUCCUUCCAGGCCCUGCCCUACGUGGCUCUGCUCAUCGUCAUGCUCUUCUUCAUCUACGCCGUCAUCGGCAUGCAGAUGUUUGGGAAGAUCGCCUUGGUGGAUGGGACCCAAAUAAACCGGAACAACAACUUCCAGACCUUCCCGCAAGCUGUGCUGCUGCUCUUCAGGUGUGCAACAGGGGAGGCCUGGCAGGAGAUCCUCCUGGCCUGCAGCUAUGGGAAGCUGUGUGAUCCGGAGUCCGAGUAUGCCCCCGGGGAGGAGUAUACCUGUGGCACCAACUUUGCGUAUUACUACUUCAUCAGCUUCUACAUGCUCUGCGCCUUCCUGGUCAUCAACCUCUUUGUGGCUGUCAUCAUGGACAAUUUUGACUAUCUCACCCGGGACUGGUCCAUCCUGGGCCCUCAUCACCUGGAUGAGUUCAAGGCCAUCUGGGCAGAGUAUGACCCGGAGGCUAAGGGGAGAAUCAAGCACCUGGACGUGGUGACCCUGCUGAGAAGGAUCCAGCCACCUCUGGGCUUUGGGAAGUUCUGCCCUCAUCGGGUAGCUUGUAAGCGGCUGGUGGGCAUGAACAUGCCCCUGAACAGCGACGGCACGGUCACCUUCAAUGCCACACUCUUCGCCCUGGUCCGCACGGCACUCAAGAUCAAGACGGAAGGGAACUUUGAGCAGGCUAAUGAGGAGCUGAGGGCCAUCAUCAAGAAGAUCUGGAAGAGAACCAGCAUGAAGCUCCUGGACCAGGUCAUCCCUCCGAUAGGAGAUGAUGAGGUGACAGUGGGGAAGUUCUAUGCCACGUUCCUCAUUCAGGAGCACUUCCGGAAGUUCAUGAAGCGCCAGGAGGAGUAUUAUGGCUAUCGGCCCAAGAAGGACAUUGUGCAGAUUCAGGCAGGGCUGCGGACCAUUGAGGAGGAGGCAGCCCCGGAGAUCCGUCGCACAGUCUCAGGAGACCUGGCCGCUGAGGAGGAGCUGGAGAGAGCCAUGGUGGAGGCUGCGAUGGAGGAGGGGAUAUUCCGGAGGACCGGAGGCCUGUUUGGACAGGUGGACAACUUCCUGGAAAGGACCAACUCCCUGCCCCCCGUUAUGGCCAAUCAGCGACCCCUCCAGUUUUCUGAGAUAGAGAUGGAAGAGCUGGAGUCACCCGUCUUCUUGGAGGACUUCCCUCACGAUCCACGCACCAAUCCCCUGGCUCGUGCCAAUACCAACAAUGCCAACGCCAAUGCUGCCUAUGGCAACAGCAGCCACAGCAACAGCCAUGUGCUUUCCAGUGUCCACUAUGAAAUGGAGUUCCCAGAAGAGACAGAGACACCUGCUGCCAGAGGAGGAGCCCCUGGCCAGCCCUGCAGGGUCCUGGGACCCCACGGCAAACCCUGUGUGGAGAAGCUUCAGGGACUGCUGACCCAGAGGGCAAUGCCCAGAGGCCAGGCACCUCCUAACCCCUGCCAGUGCCCCAGGGCGGAGUCCCCCAGGCCUGAGGACAGGAAGAGCUCCACAGCAGGGUCUCUGCAGGAGGAGACCCCCCACAGCAGGAGCGCCCCCCACAGCAGGAACAACACUUCGAGCUGUUCAGCGCCAGCUACAGCCCUGCUGAUCCAAGAGGCUCUGGUCCGAGGGGGCCUGGGCACCUUGGCGGCCGACGCGAACUUCAUCAUGACAACAGGCCAGGCCCUGGCAGAUGCCUGCCAGAUGGCACCGGAGAAAGUGGAGGUCCUGGCCACAGAGCUACUGAAAGGACGAGAGGCCCCAGAGGGCAUGGCCAGCUCCCUGGGAUCCCUGAACCUCGGGUCCUCCCUGGGCAGUCUCGACCAGCACCAGGGCUCCCAGGAGACCCUUAUUCCUCCCAGGCUGUGAGGUCCACACAGCAUCAGCAUGGGCUUGGAGCUGGCUUGACCAAUGGAGGUGGGGAGGUGGCUGGGGUGGAGACGGGCUGGCCCACCGCAGCCGCCUCCCUCCCUCUCAGCAGCUAGAUGCAUGGCCUGAGGCGGGGUGGUCAGGAACCACCUCAAAAAGUCGAGAGGAAGUAGCUGGACAGGUCCCGCCCCUCACCAGCAAUAGGCGUGGUUGGAUGGAGCGUUCUCAUGUCAUUCAAAAAGCCCUGGUCAGUGCCUGUGUGUGUCUGGCCCAUGGCCACUCCCACCAGCAGGACAUUAAAAUCUCCAGGCCUGUGACACUGGCAACAGGA